ACGGGAAACAAACAUAGAGAGAGAAGUGACUAGAGAUUGAAGAGAAAGAAAUGCUGCUACUAAGCUAUGGAAAACCUCUACAACUAACUCCACUCUCUCUCCUUAACUUUCUUCCUUCGAAUUCCUUCGUUUCCAAUCCCAAUCUCUCUUCUUUCUCUCUCCCUUCUCGCCUUCUCAAUCCGCCAUUUUCAUCAUCAAUAUACCUACAAAAUCUAAAACCCCUUCAAUUCCAUGUAAAAGCCAGCAAUGGCAGUCUUACUUCCGUCGAACAAUUGGUGGGCAAAAAAACCGUAAAAGAAACAAAUUCAAAUCUGGGUGUUGAUGAGGAAGAUGGAGAAAUGAUGAGAUUUGAUAUAGAAUGGGAUGGCAAUGAAUUGAGGAAGAAUCUUAAUCAACAAUUUGAAUCACCAGUUGUAGAGAUGAAAGAAUUGGAGGAAUUUCCGGAGAAUUGGAGGCGGUCUAAGUUAGCUUGGCUUUGUAAAGAGCUGCCUGUUCAAAAACGCCCAACUCAAAUUCGACUUCUUGCUGCUCAGAAAAAGUGGAUGCGCCAGGAUGAUGCUACUUAUAUUGCUCUUCAUUUUAUGCGUAUUCGUGUCCAUGAUUCUGCUUUCUGGGUGUACGAGUGGAUGAUCCAACAACAUUGGUAUCGGUUUGAUUUUUCACUGGCCACCAAACUUGCUGAUAAUAUGGGUAGAGAAAGGAAGUUCGCAAAGUGUCGGAAGAUUUUUGAUGAUAUAAUUAAUCAGGGUCGGGUACCAAGUGAGUCAACGUUUCAUAUCUUGAUCAUUGCAUAUCUCAGUGCCUCCGAUGAGGAUUGCCUUAAGGAAGCAUGUGACAUCUACAACCGCAUGAUACAUUUAGGAGCAUAUUACCCUCAACUUAGUCUCCAAAAUGCUCUCUUCAAAGCUAUUGUUACCAAACCCGCAAACUCUGUAAAGCAGUACCUUGGACAGGCAGAGUUCAUUUUCCAUAAUCUCGCAACUCGUGGAUUAGAGAUACACAAGGAAAUUUAUGGUGGCCUCCUUUGGCUUCAUAGCUAUCAGGAUAUCAUUGAUAAAGAGCGGAUGCUCUUUCUGUUAACGGAGAUGCAUUUGAGGGGAAUUCCGGAGAGUAGAUAUACUCUCUUAUCUAUUCUAAGGGCUUGCUCUAAAGAAGGUGAUGUAGAUACUGCAGAAAAGACUUGGGCUAAGCUUCUCCAAUGUGAUGGUGGCAUUCCAACUCAAGCUUAUGUGUACAAAAUGGAUGUAUAUGCUAAGGUUGGUGAUUCCAUGAAGUCUUUGGAGAUAUUUAGAGAAUUGCAGGCGAAGGUCGGAGCAACAAAUAUUGUGGCAUAUCGAAAGAUCAUAGAGAUUAUGUGUACUGAUCAACACGUGGAGCUUGUCGGUUCCCUUAUGGAAGAGCUCAUUAGGAGCGGUCUCAAGUCUCUUACACCAUCAUAUGUAGAUCUUUUGAAUAUGUACAACAAAUUAAACUUACAUGAUAAAGUAGAGUCCACCUUCCUGGAAUGCCUCGACAAAUGCGAGCCAACUCGGACUCUAUUUAGCAUCUACUUGGACUCAUUGGUGAAAACUAGCAAUGUCGAGAAAGCUGAAAGCAUCUUCAACCAGAUGUUAGAGAAUGAGGCUAUUGGUGCCGGCAGCAGGUCAUGUAAUACCCUGUUAUACGGGUACAUAUCUUGUGGAGAUAAUUUGAAGGCCGAAAAACUAUACAAGUUCAUGCGCCAGAAGAAUUACGAGGUUGAUUCCUCUCUAAUGGAGAAGCUUGAUAACAUUUUUAGCUCCCAGAAGAAAGUGGUUUCUAGGAAAGUGAAGCUGAAACUAACUCCAGAACAAAGAGAGAUUUUGGUGGGUUUGCUGUUAGGCGGCUUGCAAAUCGAGUACGCUGGGAAAAACAAGUUAUAUUUCAUCAAUUUCGAGUUUAAGGAUAAUCCUGGUAUUCAUUCUAUCUUAAAACGACAUAUAUAUAACAAGUUCCAUGAAUGGGUUCAACAUUCCGACGGCUCAUCAGACGAUACUGAAUUCAAAUUCAUCCCUUCGAAAUUUCUGACAGUUGCGCACACUUGUUUUGGUUUCUAUGCUGAUCAAUUUUGGGCUAAUGGGCGGCAAACAAUUCCCAAAUUGAUUCAUCGAUGGUUGUCACCGCGUGUUCUUGCGUACUGGUUUAUGCAUGGAGGAUACACGACACCAACCGGGGACAUUGUGUUGAAAGUGAAAGGAAGCAAAAGCGAAGCUGAGCGAGUCUUUAAAGCUUUGAAAUCAUAUUCAUUGGACUUCAGGAUAAAGCAAAAGGGUAAGGUGUUUUGGUUGGGUUUCAUAGGAAGCCAUUGUUAUAGCUUUAGAAAACUUAUAGAACCAUAUCUUUUAGAUGACUUACAAAACUUCCUAAAAGCUGAUAAACAACCUAUAAAGAAUUCAAUUACAGAAAGAUCAAAUUACUGGUCGAGUAAUGAGUCUGAUUUUGAUGACAGUGUGGAACCUGGUUCUGGAUUUUCAGACAGUGAUGAUGCUUUGUUUUAAUUAUUUGUACAUAAUUUAAGGCAUUAGUCUUAUAGAGAUUUCAACAUUCAAUAUUAAUGACAGAAUAGAAGCUUAUUAGUUGAGAUAUAUAAGUAUAAUACUGAGCAGACAACGCUCAAUGAAGUUUUGUGCAUUUCUUGUUUUA